GACGACGACGACGACCUUAUUGCUUCUUGAUGUAAGAUUUGCAGAAUUUUUCCACAGGACAGGAUGAUAACCUCCGCCGCCCGCGAAGAUACAGGUCGGUUCUACCGGACAAGCAUUCAAAACAUCAUGCGCUCGUCCGGUGCAGCUGUGGUGGAGAAUCAGAAUCAUGCUGGAACGGUGUCGAAACGGAAUCACAACUUGUACAAGCCCGGCGGGCUGCUCGUUGCAGCCUCCGGCACAGCAGCUGCACGAGCAGGACAAGGGUCCUAUACUUCUACAACAGGCGGUACUUGUUCUACAUCACAGCAGGAGCGAGAACUUGCACGGUCAGGACUGCGUCGUGGAUUUUCCUCAUCGUCCUCUUCCUCCUCGUGGAGGAAAAACAUUCCUGUCGAGGACAGCACGUCGUCGUCCUCUGAAGACGCUGAAAAUGGACCGCAGCUAGCGGAGGACGAGGCAGCAAGCGAAUCAGAUUCAUUUUCAUACAACAGCAACUCCGAAGAUGUUGAAGCAGUAGAAAAUUAUGCAGCGAGCGACGCUCCGGCCGGCGUGGCGAGGGGAGGAGGUCCACCUCGUGAGACUUCUAGUUCCAAAAGGACUUGUUCUCCUGGUGCCAGAAGAGGUGCGACGAGGAGUCGAAGCUUAUGAACUGCAAAAGGAUCAUACUCGUAUAAACGCAUUACAAAUUUCCUCAGCAUGAGAAAUCAUGCGGAUUUAGCUUAAGAAAAAAAUUUGUAAUGCAAGACUUGCAUUUAUACGAGUGCGAUACUUUUGCACAGGAUAAAGCUGCAAGUCCGCGGAUUCUUCAGUCGCAUCCUCCGCGUCUUCUGAAGGAGAUAAUUCCGGUGGUGGACGUGUGGAGAGAAGUAGAAGCGGCGGAGCGUGUUCAGAUCAGACCGGUAGAAGUGGCGAAGAGAUGGAGGAGGAGGAGGAAAAUUAUGGGUACUACAACAGCAACGGCGACAGUGAAGUACUAGAUAGUGCAGCAGCAGGAGAAGUACUAGAAGAUGGAGAUCAACUACAACAUGCCCUUCUCUCUCCUUCCGCGUAUGAAGAUGAAGAAGGAAGUUGUAGUGGCGCCAGUGAAGAAGGAACCUCUUCUGAUACGGGCCGGAGCGACACCAGCGACCAAUUGCGGGAGGUAAAUCGGGCGCUUCGCUCGCACCAAAAUGGGUCCAGCUGUCAGAGCAGAGUAAAAAACGACGACGAGAACAAUCAUGUGGAGGACCACGAGCAGGCUCGAUGCAGGGACGGGGUGAGGGCCGGUUUUUCAUCUGCAGACUCUUGCCUUGUCGAUCGUGGGAGUAGAAGAGCAGGAUGUUCUAGAAAUACCACCAGCAACACCGAAAGAUUAAUAAAUGCGGCAAGGACAGCAUCAACACAGCCACGGUCUGCGGGUUGUUCAGGCAGACCACGGAUUGGUGUUGGAACUGGUACUAAAAGCUGCAGUAGCUCGUCCUCUUUCUUUGCUGAAGCCGCCUGUCGUGCUUCAGUUGCGCCAUCGUGUAAAAAACGUCGAGAUCAUGAUCAUCAUGUUAGUCAUCAUCAUGACCAGGAUCAUGAGCAGCAGCUGCCUACGGAGAACAGUAAGUGGGGCUGGUUGGAAGAGAAGGAGCAGUACAACGAGUCUUCAGAUGAAGGCGAACAGAAGGGAAGAACUGCUGAUCGCAACUAUGCUGCUGAUUCAUCCGAAGAAGAAGCUGCAGAAGACGGCGUGGUUGCCCUAGAUCUGUCUCCUGUAACCCCGAAACAGGAUGAGGACCAGUCCUUCUCCCCACAACCCACUGGCUUCCACUUUGACGAAACAAGCCACGCACGGGCACGAAUCCGGGGGCAAAACAACAUCGCAGAAGGUGCUGCAGCGCCGGGGUCGUCGUCGUCUCGACAAGUUGUUGUACCAACGACUCGGCCCAGGAGCCGGCUCGUGGUGCGGCAACAGGAGGGUGGCGGAUUUUUUCCGCCGGAAGAAGUUGCACAAGAACGUCUACUUCACGGCCAUUCUUCACGAGAGCCGCGAGACAGUGGAUCAUUUGCCACGUCGAGGGUGGAAACAUCUACUUCAGAAGAUCGGGCGCCGGUGGUAAAUAACAACUGGAAAAAUAAAAAUUCCAGUACAACAAGAACAUCAAAGUUGCCCGCCGCACAGGCACAACAAGGUCACCGCAGUGGUGGUCUUCCCCCCCGCGAGUUCUACGCGUUUUGUGCUUCCCCCGGGACGAAAAGAAGUACAUCGAGACCCGCAGUGCCAGACUUGAAUCGCAGCACCCUUUCCACUAUCAAGUGCAGAAGUAUCGUAGUACUCUUUCUUGUAAUCGCAACCAUGCAUGAUGAGCAUGACAAAUCUUCUUCCCAAGGUAAAUCAGAAUGACAAAUUGCAUCUGUCAUGCUGAGCCAAUUUGUAAUGCGAUUACCACUAGUACGAGGAUGCUUUUGCAGUUCAUAUCCACCGCAAGCACGCGCAUCUCAACCAACGCAAGCUUUCUGAACACCGGGCGAUCGAUAUGACAGUGCACAACUCCCCCUCCCCCUCGUUUGUCAUGCAAGAUUCCAAAUCUACCCUUUGCCUAAUUAGCACUAUUUGCAUGACAGAUUCCGGAAUCCAGAACAGCACUACUUACAAUCUUCUAGGAAUUUGCCAUGCAAAAGCUGCAUCUUUGGCAGUGCUUGCGUUGCUGUUCAUGCAACUCAAAUGAGGGGGAGGGGGACUUGCGCACUCUCAUAAUCGACGCUCUGCGGUCCUGCGUCCUCAUCCGCGAGUAGCAGCUCCGUUGUUUCGAGUUCGGGGACAAACUACGGGGGUGGUGCAAGCAGAAAGUUAUCCACCGAGCAGCUCCAGCUCGCCUCGACCACCGACGGUGGCACAGCCCGACCGGCGGCGCACCACGAGGAUGCAAUAACAGCCGAUUCCACUGCUCGCCAGGUUCUUGCGGGCACCAGUGCUGCACUAGCCGCGUCGGGGAUGAAACGAACGAACCCACACUUGCAGUCCUCCGCGCGGAAACCUCUGUACCAGCUCGGGCAGCCGGGUGGCGGCCAGACGCCAAGCUGUCGCGUUCGCGGAGGUUGGACACCAAAGUCACCAGCGGCAGGAGAGAACUCUUUCGCCUGUUCUUCAUCUCCCACUUCGCAAAGCAACUUUGGACUGGAGGAUACGCUGUGCAAACACUACUCUUCUCGCUACCCUGUGGUUGUGCUGGAAAUUUUUAUCGUGUAUAAAUGAGUGUGCAAAUUGUGGGUCUCAUAAUGCACAGCCCCACGAGGAGCAUUUUAAGGACUUGAGUGCGCGUAUUUUUUUUAUUUAAAAUUAUCAGACAGGAGAGCGAGAGGGGAGGGCUUUUGCACGGGAUACAACACUACAGACAGCAAAGGCAUCAGCACAAAAACCACUACAAUGUCUACCAUUCGCCAACCAGUUGCAAAAGCAAGCCGACCUCUUCCGUGGCAGCACCUGGGAACCAUUACUACCAGCAGCCGGACGAGCAGCCACCGCAGCCGAAGCGCUUGAAGUCGCGAAUUCAGCAGAAGCUGAAGUUGUGUGUCUGCGCGAACUCCGCGUACCUAGCGCGGGAGCGGGUCCAGCUUUUAAAUGAUAUUGAGAGGAAAAAUCCCCCCUCCCCAUAUUAAAAGAUAUGUUUCCAAAAAUUUAUUGUGUUGCUGAUUUGCGAGCACAAAUCAGGUUUGUCUUGCAAAAAGACAAGUGCAGAGGCAUCCGCCCAAUUGUGACGCGAUUUGGCAUGCUGUUGGUCCUAGACGGUAGCCAUUUGCAAUGCUGAACAACUAGACCUGACGAGCGCUCCCACCUAGGCUGCGGAUCUGGCCGGAGUGCCUUACUGCAAGACAAAUCGGAUUUGUGUAUGCGCAUCAGCAUCAGAAAUUUCCAUUUUGAUAUGGGGAGGGGGGAUUUUUCCUUUGCAUAAAUGAGGAAAAAGAAUUUCUGCACACGCUGGCAGUGUACCAGGAAAAGUAUCCGAGGGAAGAAAGAAGCUCGUAGAACGACAAGAGCCACUAGUUCUGUAAGCAAAUUAUCCACUGCUUUACACACUACAAGACAAUCUCAUCUGUCUCGCGUAUUACGUUGUGCUUGCUCUAAACAGGGGUAUAGUAUGCUGUUGCUGUGGGUACAGGCAUCCAUGUAUGGAAACAGAUGCUUGUCGUUUUUGCGCAUACAUCAAAUUUGAUGGGGCCUUCUUACUCGGAGCUUUUUUCUGUGGGAUAAAACGGAGAACGAGCUGAAUGAGUUUGCGGAUCAGCUGGAGGAAUCGAAGACUUGUUUUGCGGAAAAGCAGAAGGAAUGGGAGGAAGAGGAACUCGAGGUCGACAAAAUCUUAUGUCAUGCACUUGCGCGGCUCUUCCACCUGCUGAACAUAUGCGCGGAUGUUAUCUUUGACAUGGUACUAAAUAAAACACAACCGCAUCAUGUAUAGUGAAGUAGACACUGCAUGAUUACUCAUUUUUCGCAAGAAGAUGUUGACAAGAAAUUUGAUCGGGCAACAUCCUGACCCCCUGAAAACUAUCUCGGCAGAGGGGGCCGCCGUCAGGUGUUUGUAUUGCAUGACGGAGAUCAGAAGUUGCAGAACUGAAGCAGACGUUGCCCAAAAUCGAAGCGGAAUCCAAUCGCUGCGUCGCGGAAAUCAAGGAGCGGAAGAGCAGACUCGAAGCGCUAGAGAAAGAGUUGCAGAGAAAAGUGAUCAGCUUGAAACCUAUCGCAUGGAAAAAUCGUUCAUACGUGUAGGCUUGUGAUACAAAAUUUGGCAGCUAGAACUAUCUGUUUUGCUGACAAUGCAACAGAGGGUCUGUUUUUUUUUAUCAGUACUAAAACGCACUUGUCCUGCUCCUGUUGCAGAUGCCGCAAUGAAUACAGUGAAACAAUUUUUUCCUGCGAUAAAUCAGGAAGAAAAUCUACUAGAAGAGCAGUUCGAAGCGAAGAGGGAGCAGAACUGGAUCCACCCGAGCCAGGAAGCGGAGCGGAGGACCGGCAUGCUGAAAGAAAAGUUAAAAGCGCUGAAACGGAAGAUGUUUUUGGCGCAUACAACGACGCUGUUUUCAACAAAGCAAGCGGGCGCCGCAACUUCUGCACUAGGAGAUGAAGCAGGAGAUGAUGAAAAGUUACAACGAGCUAAUAUGGGUGAUGAGGGUGAAAAAUCUGACGGCAACUCGAGUGAUCACUCAUUCGACCCUGAGAUCAAUUCCGAUCUCGAUUUCGACGAGCACGUGUGCCAACUAGAAGAAGACGUCGAGCAUUUGAGGUUCUCGCUCUUGGAAAAACGGGAGCAAUUGCUGCCUCGCUACCGCGCGAUUCAGGCCAGGAAGGAGCGGGAAAAAGAAUUGCAGAAGAAAACCGAGUUUUUGCGAGGGGAAGUGCAAAAAGCGAAGAGGCGAAAGGAAUUUUUAAAGCGGAACACGGUGAAAAAACUCGAGGUGAAGAUAAAGGCCCUGAAGCACCAGCUGCAGGGAGUCUUGCCAUCGGAGACCGAGGCCGGAAACAACUUCAGGAAGAACAAUGACGAGUUUAUUGACGCAGGACAAGGAGAUGAGAGAAGUGGCAGCCCGCAUGCAGUUCCGUCGUCUACAGUAGCUUCUUCUUCCGCUUCAGCUCUUGAGCAUGUUAGAAGCAGAGAGGAGCACGCGACGAGGGCGAAACUGUUGUCCGAGCUGUUUUGGGAAAACAAAAAUCUCGAAAAAACCUUGAUUAAGCGCACUCGGGAGUACGAGACAGGUGGAGCUCGGUUCAGCGACGCUAAUACGACGGAUUUCUGUAUUAUCCCGGAAAAUAACAAUAGCUUUGUUGGUGUGAUUUUUUGUUUUAUUCGCCUAGUAACCGCAUGACAAAAUUGCUUUACAGGAGAGAAAAAAUCUGUCAUGCGUCGCUGGUACGGGGCAAGAACACUCGUCUGGACGUCGACAGGCUAUCGUGGAUUUCUGGCAUGACGUGUGUAUAUCGUUCUUUUAUUCCCCGGUCUGCAAUACAAAGUUACACCAAUCAUAGCACAGUGUUCGUCGUCGAUAUUCAUCGGGGAGGAGCGUGAUGAAGCCGAGGAGCAGGGCGAACUGCAAAAAAUGAUGUUGGAGCUCUCCUAUGCAUCGCAAACAUGUCUGCGUCCACCGGAUUUGUGAUGCAAGAUUUGAAACAGCGACCUCUGUGUCAUGCAAGAUUCAGCAACACAAACCUUCCAGACCCAGACAUAUUCGCCUUCGAUAUUCUCGUGACUUCCCUACAAGAGAGCCACAAGGCGCUCACCCAAGCGGUUUUGGACUUUAGGAAGAGCAGUGGGAAGGGGCAGAAGGGGCGGCGGAGAUAAUAAUGUAAUUUUGGCGUGGAGCAUUUUCGUUUAUCGUUAUCCUAGCAUUGCUCCACCUCUCUUUACUUGUUGUACCGACGGACAACACCACCUUUGAGAACACAACUUCACGUGGCGCAAAUGAGACAGCGAAUGAUCGUGGCUUUGAUUUAAUGAAACCCAAAACUUCGAUUUGAUGCACGCACAAGUGAAAAGGUAUCGCAGAGACAUAUUGCGAUGUUGAACAAAAUUCGCUUGUUGAGUCUGG